ACUGAACUCCCCCUCUCUUUGGUCACUCCAAUAGACUCGGACACACACACGCACACUCGCUAUCUAGAUCUCAAAAUUAUGAAGAUUAUUUCCAGAAAAAUCAUCUUCCGUGAUUCAAUUCUUUCACUUGAUCUAUGUUUCUUCAAGUCCAGACGAAGAAGAAGAAGAAGAAUACCAUUGACAUUUACAAAUGGCUUGUAUGAAGCUUGGCACAAAACCUGAUAUAUUUCGCCUUGAAGACCAUACAUGGCAGUGUACCAGUGGGCUUCCAAGUGAUGUCACAAUUGAGAUUGGAGAAACAUCAUUUAAUCUCCACAAGUUUCCUCUGAUUUCAAGAAGUGGGCUAUUAGCAAAGCUAAUAGGAGACAAUCCUGAUGAAGAUGGCCCAAUUUGUAGUGUCCAUCUGAAUGACAUACCUGGUGGAUGUAAAGCAUUUGAACUUAUAGCCAAAUUUUGUUAUUGCAUAAAGCUAGAACUCACUUCCCACAAUGUUAUCAGCCUUCGAUGUGCUUCAGACUACCUCCAAAUGACAGAUGAUUAUGGAGAAGAAAACCUAAUCACACAAACAGAGACCUUCCUACAACAAGUGUUCACCACCUGGUCAGACACCAUGGAUGCUCUUGAAAGCUGUGAAGAAGUUCUUUCAGAUGCAGAAGAUCUCAACCUCAUCUCACGCUGCAUAGAUUCUUUAGCUAUAAAAGCUUGUUCAGGUCAGAACCCAUACAACCCCCCUCCCACUGCCACGUCACCAGUCAAUAACAUCACACAGACCUCUAUAAUCUGGAAUGGAGUUCCCACCUCAAAUAAACCACAUACAUUCGGUGAUGACUGGUGGUAUAAAGAUGUCUCCUUUCUUGGUUUACAUUUAUAUAAACGACUGAUUCAGGCCAUGGAGUCUCAAGGCAUGAAAGCUGAAACAAUAGCGGGUUCUCUUGUGGGGUAUGCGAAGAAAUACAUCCCAUUAAUGAACAGACAAUCAAGUUUCAACGAUGCAAGCCAUUCAAAACCAGUUUCUGCGCCUUCAGCAGCAGAUCAAAGGGCAUUAUUGGAAGAAAUUGUUGAGUUGCUUCCGAACAGAAAACGGAUUGUUGGCACUAAGUUUCUUAUCAGACUCCUUCGCACUGCGUUGGUGUUACACGUGUCUCCAUCUUGUAGGGAAAAUCUUGAGAAACGGGUCGGAGCCCAGUUGGAUUCAGCUGUUUUAGAUGAUAUAUUGAUACCGAAUCAAGGAUUUAACUCUGUUGAUACUCUGUAUGACAUCGAUUGUUUUCAAAGGAUUCUUGAUUACUUCAUGUCCAUGGCCAUGGAUACAACUAGCACACAGUGUUCUCCGUGUAUAAUCGAAGAAGGGUUAGAAGAUGUUCCCCAAUCUUUGACUUCCUUGACAUCUGUCGCCAAUCUUGUUGACUCGUUUCUUUCUGACGUGGCGGCUGACGUUAACAUGAAGCUAUCAAAGUUCCAAUCGCUCGCGGGUGCUGUUCCCGAUUACGCCCGCCCUCAAUCCGAUGGGAUUUAUCGUGCAUUGGAUAUCUUUUUAAAGGCGCAUCCAUGGCUGACAGACUGUGAGCGAGAGCAGAUCUGCAGACUGAUGAACAUUCAGAAACUGUCGUUGGAUGCGAGUACUCAUGCGGCUCAGAAUGAGAGGCUUCCUCUUCGUGUUAUUGUUCAGGUUCUGUUUUUUGAACAGUUACGGCUGCGGACGUCGAUCGCCGGGUGGUUUUUUGUAUCGGAAAACCUUGAGAACCCGCAGUCGCAGGAUCAAAUGAACAAUAACAAAAACGAUGGUGAAGUUGUUAGAUCGCAGGGGAUCGGAGAGGUGAGGGAGCGUGUUGUUGAGCUUGAAAGGGAGUGUGAGAAUAUGAAGUAUGAAAUGAGGAAAAUGGUGAAGAAGAAGAGAAGUUGGAAUUUUUUUUGCAAGCGAAGAAGACAUCGACGUAUGUAG